UCCACGGAAUUGUCCAAAAAACCCCUCGAAAGUCGAAAUCCGACCUAAGUCACUGAAACCUUCUACGACGGCCAUCGGCGCUCCCAACUGAAGCAGCAUCUACCAUGGCGACGAUGCGAAUGAUAGAUAUUGCAGUCAACUUUACAGAUAGCAUGUUCAAAGGAAUAUACAAUGGGAAACAAUACCAUGCUGCUGAUAUUCAAGCUGUUUUGAAGCGUGCCUGGACUGCUGGGGUUGAUAGGAUUAUUGUUACUGGUGGCUCACUUGAGGAAUCAAAGGAAGCUCUUGCAAUUGCAGAGUCAGAUGCAAGACUCUUCUGUACGGUAGGAGUGCACCCAACAAGAUGCAAAGAAUUUGAUGAGAGUGGGGACCCAGAAAAGCAUUUUCAAGAACUCUUUUUACUUGCUAAAGAGGGAGUAGAGAAAGGAAAGGUGGUGGCCAUUGGCGAAUGUGGAUUGGACUAUGAUAGGCUUCAUUUCUGCCCCUCUGAGAUUCAAAAGAAGUACUUCGAGAAGCAAUUUGAAUUAGCAUAUAUGAUGAAGCUGCCAAUGUUCCUUCACAUGCGAGCAGCUGCUCAGGAUUUCUGUGACAUAAUAGAAAGGAAUAAGGAUAAGUUUCGUGCUGGGGUUGUUCACUCUUUCACAGAUAGUUCAGAAGAUCGAGACAAACUUCUUUCAUUCAAUAGUCUUUUUAUAGGUGUUAAUGGUUGCUCUCUGAAGACUGCCGAGAACCUUGAGGUUUUAAAGGGUAUUCCUGUUGAUAGGAUGAUGAUUGAGACAGAUUCUCCGUAUUGUGAAAUCAAGAACACACAUGCUGGGAUUCAUUUUGUGAAGUCUUCGUGGCCAUCUAAGAAAAAAGAUAAGCAUUCUGAAGAAUGUAUCGUUAAAGGUCGCAACGAGCCUUGUAUGGUUAGGCAAGUGCUUGAGGUCGUUGCUGGUGCUAAAGGCAUUGCUGACGUAGAGAAUUUGAGCAAGACACUGUAUCACAAUACUUGCAGGGUUUUCUUUCCCCAUGAUUUGGAUUCCGCAGCAGAAGCACUCCUUGCUAGCAGCCACAAAAGUGACAAAACAGUGUGAAAGAGCUUUCCGCAUUUGUUUGCAAAAGCUUUCUGGUAAUCGUUGCAUCUUCUAAGAGCUUUCCGCAUUUAUUCAAAUUCAGUCCCAAAUUAUGAGAAACCCCAGUUUGCUUAUCAUGGAUAUGUUGUAGAUUAUCAGAUUAUGAAUGUAUUAUUUCACUUGAACUGGGCAUGUAUUACUGAUUGUUUUCUGCCAUAUUUUGCAAUAAAGAAUUGUUUUUGAUCUA